AGCUUCCGCAUCUUUUGGAGAUACUCCACGCCAGCGCAGUCAUUAAUCUUUUAGCGACAUUGUCAUUGACCGAACAACUACGUUGUGUUUGAUAACCAAACUAGCCGGAGCCGAUUCAGCAGAGUUGUCCAAUUACUAGUACUUUUGACGAUACACACGGCCCCUGCUGGGCCAUUUGUCUUAUUUCACGACCUCAACAUGUCUCUCGUCAAUCUCGCUCACGUCUGCUCGCAUUUGAACAAUGCCUCCAAGGCCCGUCUCGGUCUCACAUCGAUCCCUCACAGCAACCUACACCUGAAAUUAUGCCUCGCUCUUCAAAACUCCGGUUACCUUUCCUCCGUCGUCCGCGGAGGGCCGACACCUCCUCCGCCUCAUACCCUUCUUGGCCAUCCUGCGCCGAAUGAUGAAGUUGAAGGCAUCGAGCCAUUGACACAGGCUAACAUUGCCUCGAGACGACUGUGGCUGGGAUUGAAGUACUGGCAGAGUGAGCCGGUGCUGGGAAAAUUGAGCAUGGUCAGCAAGCCCACGAGAAGAAUCACAAUCGAUGUUGCUGGACUCCGACGUGUGAUCCGCGGAGAGAAGAGCGAUUACGUGGAAGGGUUACGGACACCCGGCGAAAGCUUGUACCUCUCGACCGAUCGAGGCAUCCUGGAGUCGAGGGAGUGUGUCGAAAAGAAGAUUGGAGGAUUGGUUCUCUGCAGGGUCCGCUAAAAGGACAAGAGAAGGCAGCGCUCUCUCGCCUUCAUGCACAUUUUCUGUACGUUGUGUGGUUUGCAUUGAAUCCGGAGUUUGGUUGGUCGCAAUGAUUCCUCCCAUGCUUGAUUAUACCGCGAUUGUUGGGAUGGAUGCCUUGCAGGGCUUUGUAUAGUAAUUUUCUUAUACUCUUCAUGUACUACCUAUUCCCAUCCAUGAUCUAACCAGAAUCUAAAUCCAGCCAACAUUGUGUCCUCGGUUCUUCUCCGGCACUUUUAUUGAUGGACUUGGAUUCCCCUGAC